AUGCAUCUACUUUCUGAUUCGCACGAAUGGUCCUUGAUUCGAAAGUUAUCGGAAUGGCUGAGCCAAAAGAAAGCACCGUAUAAGUACCGUGGAGUACCCAUGAAUGAGCACAGAGACAGUCACCCUGACGCUGCAUCUCUCGAGUUCGAGCUCCGCCAUACCUUCUUAACGAUCGAGAAUUUCCCCUCAUAUCUGAGUCCAGAGAAGUUUGAAGAUUUCCGAAAAGUUAUAAAACAAAUUUGUUCGUUGUUGGACCAUCUUGCAGCGCAUCAAAGAACCCGCGAUGACUCCAAAGGCGGAGAGUACCAUCACUUAGAAAAAUUGAUAGGACUUCUCAACCCAAAAUGCGGCGCAGUAGACUUGGUGUAUGGUCAUGGAAAAAGACUUUUUGAGCUUCCCAAUGAUGCUGCUAAGCUUCACGAAUGCCUGAUCGCUCUUACAAAGUGCAAUGACACUCUCAACGGGCUACUUGCGCCUCCUCCUCUGAACUCAGUCAUACAGCCAUCGCGAAAACAGCGAGAGAAAACGCCAUGGAAGAAGGGCAGAAUACGAGACCAAGCCAUAUGUCUUUUUGAAACUUUGUUCAAGCACUUCAAGUGUGGGAUACCGCAUGAGGUCUUGUUAAAGCUCAUUGAGACCCCGAAAGAAGAUUUAACAAUACCAAAUUUACAGUUGAUGCUCCCAUCUUGUCCAGAGUCAAAAUCGUGGCAAGAAGUCCAAUACAACAAGGCCGAUAUAGACGACGAUUCAACCUCACUUAUUGCUGAUAUUUGUACAGAUGUCCACCAAUAUGCUGAUCGAGGAAGGGCCUUGAUGCUAUAUAUUAAGGAGCAUAGACUAUACGGUGCCAGGGCAGAUCCUGUCUUCUCCGGGAUAGGCCCGUCGCCGAAGGAUUCCCUUGACCAACUUAUCAAGAUUGGUGCAUUUAAGAGACUUGAGGUCGGAGACUUCAAUAUCAAACCGUCAUCAGUGAAAUUCAGCAUUAUAGACAAGCGAAAACUUGCCGUCAAAUUCGGAUACUGCCUAAUGGAUUUUUUCGACGCCAACUUCGCUUCAAACAGGAUCCAUUUCUUUGGCUCGUCAAAAGCAAGUCUCAUGGAAGUUGCGUACCUAGCAUUUGAUUCAAAGUUUCCGACCGCAGAUGAUUCAUACAAUUUUCAAUUGGGCCAUCCCACGUUCUUAUCUUUUGCGAAACUGUUGAUAGAACUGGAAUUAGGCGGCAUUAUGGAGCUAGAGGUCAGCCCAGAUAGUAGUCAAAAUCUUUUGGCGUGGGCUAGGCUUAUGAAGUUUACGGACGAACUCGAAAAAGAGACAAAGGAUUCCUAUCGAGAAGCUAUUACGAGCUGCUUACUCUUUCAUAAAAUGGUGGACUUUGGCGAUUCUGAUAGCCAGGAUGCAGACACCAUUAGACGAAUAAUAUAUGAACAGAUUGUUUAUAAGCUCGAAUGUGGGCUGAAGGAAUCGAUGCCUAGAUCGAAACGGCAACGGUCAGAGUCCCCGCCUGUUCUCGACCCUCAGGAUACAGCUCAAACCGAGGACUCUGGGAAAAUGUCAACAAACUUUAUAGACUCUCAACGCGCAACGCUUAGAAACAAAAGACAGCGUGGCUUCGAAUUCCGGCGACGGUCAUUUUUUGCUUGGAGAGAAACUAAUAGCUCGCUUGAGAAUGGUUUCCCGAACCUCGAAUCGACGGCGAGCCUCGAUCUGCCCAGCAGCCGUGAUGACUUCGAAAUCGCCCUCAUUUGUGCGCUGCAAAUAGAAUCCGAUGCUGUUGAAGCUCUCUUUGAUGAGUAUUACGAAGACUCUUUAUAUGUCAAAGCACCAGGAGAUCCAAAUGCCUAUACUAUUGGGAAAAUGGCCGGACAUAAUGUGGUGUUGGGGUUUAUGCCGGGCAUGGGCAAAGUCAACUCGGCCAACGUAGCGGCAGGUUUUCGCAUGAGCUUUCCCAACAUCAAGCUUGGCAUUGUCGUGGGUAUCUGCGGAGGUAUACCGGGUGGAAGAGAUGGCGAGAAUGAAGUGCUACUUGGUGAUGUUAUCAUCAGUAACGCACUGAAACAAUAUGACUUUGGCCGACAAUAUGAUAACGGAACUGUAGCGAGAAAUACUCUGGAAGACAACUUCAGCCGACCAAACACGGGAAUCCGCUCAUUUCUUUCCAAAUGUUCGGGAUUAAGGGGCCGAAAAAGAUUAAGAGAAAAGACAUCGUCUUACCUUGAUGAUCUCUGUGCAAAGGACGAUUUCAAAAAAUCUUCAUAUCCCGGCGCCGACAAAGACGUACUUUACCGUUCUGAUUACCGCCAUAAACAUCGCGACCCAAAUGUUUGCAACGUCUGUGCGAACUGCCAGAGUCCAUAUGAUGAGGUGUGUGAUGUCGCGCUAGAGUCUUCAUGCACUGAACUGGGUUGUGAAGAUGGUAUGAUAGUAUCUCGGGGUCGUGUUGAGCAGGCGAAGGGCACUACUUCUAGCACAGCUACACGCAGAGAUGACGAGACUAGAGAGGCACAGAAACCCUUUAUUCAUUUUGGCACAAUUGCCUGUGGAGAUUCAGUCAUGAAAUCUGGGCUGCGGCGCGACGAAAUCGCACUGAGAGAGAAAGUAAUUGCGUUUGAAAUGGAGGGCGCUGGGGUUUGGGACAGUUUCCCCACCGUUGUUAUCAAGAGCGUGUGUGACUAUGCGGACAGCCAUAAGAAUAAAAAGUGGCAGAGAUAUGCUGCUGCAACUGCGGCUGCUUGUACGAAAGCGUUUCUUGAGGAGUGGAGAAAGGCUUGUUGA